ACCACGCAACGUGCACCUGCUCCUGUAUCACACAUCCACAGCUAACCACACCGGCCGACCGCCAGCUAGCUAGCUGCACGUAACAAGAAGAGCAGCAUGGCCUCGAGGAACACCGCCCUCGUGUUCCUCCUGGCACUGCUCCUCUCGUGCGUCGCCAUGAGCGGCGCGGCGAGAAACCUGCAGGAGCAGGAGAUGGCUCCGCCCACGAUGGAAGAAGAGCCGUCGUCCGCGCCACACCUGACCGUGCCGGGCCUGCCAGACUACGAGCUGCCGCCAAUGCCCAAGUUUGAGCUCCCGCCGUUCCCAGAGAUGCACCUCCCGCCGUUCCCGGGAACGCCGUGGAAGCCGGCGGCGCGUACGCCCACCCUUACCGGGUUCUUCUUCCCACAGCCGGAGCCGGAGGCCAAUCCAUGACGACUUCUUCGUUGUUCGCUCGAUACUACAUGUAUCAUGUCGAUCAAAAAGAUACUAUUACAUACCCAUUUCUUUCCUAAAAAAAUAUUAAAUGUAUCAUGCCCGUUUGUAUAGUGUUGCUCGUCUGGUUGUUGUGCUUGUUUAUUUGGGGCAAAUAGCUCCCACGCCACAUUUUUGAUGUGUGUUAUCUCUCA